AUGAAGGAUCUCAUCUACGCUUACCUCGCUCUCUUCGCACUACCUGCUCUAGCCCAACAAGCAUCCGAGACAAUCACCCCGGCACCAUCUGCAACCCCCUCGACCGCGGGCAUCAUUUUGUCCCUCCAGCGGAGAAAUCAUCACCCCAUCGAGCUAUUCGGAAACGUCGGCGGCAUCUACCCGCUCCUCCCAAACACAACGACAUGCGAUGGAUGGUUGAUAAACACAAAAUGCGACAAGCUCGAUGUAGAUAUAUCCAGCGGAUCCACCAGUUACGUGUGGAAUCUCUCGAAACCGUUUGACGCCUUCAGGCUUCUAUAUGAAGAACUGCCAUUCCGGAUUGCUGUUUACGAGGAUAAUAUUUCGCGUGGGGGUUUGCCUAGUACUGAUGCGCCGUGGUAUCUGAGUGCGUCGUUUACUCUUGCGAGGGAGACAAGUACAACGACCACGGCCACUUCUACGUCCACCUCUACAGCAACAACUACUUCAACUUCAACAGAAGGACCUGGGGCAACCGAUGGCGCAGGUUCUGGGACGGACGAUAGUGCUACCCCGACUGGUGCUGCUGUGCUUCUUAGUCCUCAGAUAUGGAAUAUGAUGACUAUACUCAGCGCGUGGACCUUCUUGUUCAGUUGCUGA